AUGGAAAAAGGAUCCUUGCUGGAUCUUUUUCAUAGGAAUCCUAGGGAUCCUGUGAUCGUAACUGAUCAUCGUAUAUUGUACGAAGGAUCCCCAUCUUGUGCUCUGGAGAGGAUCCUCUUCCCUCAAACUAUACUCAAGUAUCUUUUUGUUUGGCAGGCUUUAUCAGACAUUCUUUUACGAACCAAUUUGCAAAUUUCAAGGCUUCAUUUUUCCGCUUUAAAAUCUCGUUUGGCACAUCGUAUAAGAUACCAAAUAAUAUUAAUAAUACGAAAUACGGUAUACCCGCUUCCUUAUACUCUCCAAACCCACGGACGAUUUAGUCGCUCUCUCCUUCCUCUCCAGACGGACACUCGUCCUCUCCAGACGCUCUCUCUGCCUCUCGCGCGCUUGCUUUCUCAUCUGAAUCCAGGUGUUGUCAUGGCAUCUAAACGCAUCAUGAAGGAGCUCAAGGAUUUGCAGAAGGACCCUCUACCUCAUGCAGCGCUGGUCCUGUGGCCGAGGACAUGUUCCAUUGUCCAGCGACAAUUAUGGGACCUGGUGAUAGCCCAUACACAGGUGCUGUUUUUCUAGGUUCAAUUCAUUUCCCUCCGGAUUAUCCAUUCAAGCCUUCAAAGGUACAAAUAGAAAAACCGGGUCCUCAUGUUUCUAUAUGUUGUUGUGGUCAUUUUCUUCCUUACAUUAUCAUUAUUGAAACAUGAGCUUUUGUGAGUCAUAUAAUGGGUGAAAUGGAUACCUGCACAUAGUCUUUAGUUAUCUAUUCAUACAUGCAGGUGAUGCAUAUUUUGGGUACUUGGAAAACAACAACAAUAUAUUUUGUUAAAAGCAGCAUGCUGCAUGCAUAUCUUCUGUUAAAAGCUGCAGCAUGUAUGUAUUUUGGGUACUUGGACAAAUUGCUUCUUACUGAAAGCAAAGCAGCAGCAUGCAUGAUUUUGGCUAUCUGGACAAACUGUUUCUUACUGAAACCAACUUGCAUUUGUAUAUUUUGUGAACUUGGAUAUAUGGUUGGAUUAAUCUAUAAAACGUAAUGACCGUAGUUGUGUUUUGUGAACCUUCUUUUAUGUUAUUGGAAAAUAUUUUGAAUUUGAUGUA